AUGCUGAACAGACGCUCUACCUCAGCUGACGCCAUAACGCCGUGUGCCAACGUGGACCACUCAGGCCCCUCACCGGAAGCUGGUGCCUUGUUUGUACUGGCCAUUUCCAGUGUGCCGUCCAACGCUGCACAUCACAGGACAGAGUCAGAGCGGCCACUCUCAUCCCUACCGGCAGUGACCGUCUGGGCUCUGUAUCAGACCUUCCUGGUGUGCACCGGCAAUAUCUUUGACAGCUCAGGGCAAGGGCUCACGUUUGUGGGUGACCGAAUGAACCACGCAGGCUGUAGAGUCUCGGUGCUUUCCUCCCGGGUUCCCUCUGCGGCGCUGGAGGCCCCCGGGUUCCCAACUCUGAGGAGAGUGUCUGUCAUCACCAUCAUGAACUGGAGGUGGUUCCGCCAGCUUUUAUUCCCUGCCGCCGAGCACAAUGCCAAGCACACAGUCAAUGCUCAAUGCACAGAUGUUAACGGAGCUGACAUGAAUGGUGGAGUACAUGAGGAAGAAGCUUGGCGGUGGCAUGUCAGCCACCUGUCGGCCCCGGUGUGUCUGUCUGAGCUUGCCCGGGCUUCCCUGAGGGAUCAGAAGUUCCUGGAAGAACAAGAGCAGGCUGGUGGCCGCUCUGCACAGGCGGUUUCAAAAGGCUGCGAGAAGACAUUUAUCACAGUGAGUGCUCUAUUUUCCCGUAAUCGAGCCCAUUUCAGGGAACAAGAACUCUUUUCUUGCUCCUUUCCGGGAUGCAGCAAACAGUAUGACAAAGCCUGCUGGCUGAAAAUUCACCUGAGAAGUCACACAGGUGAAAGACCUUCUGUUUGUGACUCUGAUAGUGGUGGCUGGACCUUCACCAGCAUGUCUAAACUCCUAAGGCACGAAAGGAAACAUUAUGAUGACCAGAGGUUUACCUGCCCUGUGGAAGGCUGUGGGAAAUCAUUCACGAGAGCAGAACAUUUGACAGGCCAGAGCAUAACCCACCUAGGCACAAAGCCAUUUGAGUGUCCUGUGGAAGGGUGCUGUGCUCGAUUCUCCGCUCGCAGUAGUCUGUACAUUCACUCUAAGAAGCACCUCCAGGAUGUGGACGCUUCAAAAAGCCGCUGCCCGGUCUCCAGCUGUGAUUGACAGUUCACACCCGAACACAGCAUGAAGACUCACGUGGUCAAACAGCACAACCUGUGCCAAGAUCUCUCAUCUCAACUAGAAGCUGCAAGUUCUCUUACGCCCAGCAGUGAACUUACCAGCUCAGGACAAAGCGAGCUCAAUAAUGUAGACCUUGUGUCUCUCUUCUCUAAUGCAUCUGGUGAUAAUAAUAGUUCGACAGUUGCAUCGGACAUGGCAUUGGUGAACUCUGGAAUCUUGACUAUUGAUGUUAAUUCUGUGAGCUCAUCUCUGGGAGGGAACCUUCCUGUUAACAACAAUCCCUUGGGCCAGAUGGACCCACUGGUCCUGGUGGCCAACAGUGACAUUCCUUCCAGUCUGGACAGCCCUCUCAUGCUUGGGUCAAUGGCCCCGGUUCUUCAGCAGAGCAACUUAAAUCCAGAUGAUGUGCAAACUGUUAGUGCAGAAGCAUUGGGUUGUCUGGUGUCUCUUCCUGUGAAGAACUUGAGUUAAGACCCACAGGCUUUGACCUCCAGCAACAAUUCAGCAUUGAACAGAUCCACACCAACCCCUUCAAACAGCCUCAGUGGAAACAGCCAUGUCCCAGAACUGCUGGCUCCAAUCAAAGUGGAACGGAACUUGCCUCCUGGCCCAGAUGUUGGGCCACAGGAAAGAGGCAAAGUGGUAAUCCAGUUUGGGCUCUCCAACUCAGCAGAAAACUGCAGUGCUCAGAAAGACACAGACCUCAGUGCAGUGCCUGGAAACUUGUAUUUGCUGUGUGACCUUGGGCAGCCUUGCUUCUCUGAGUACAAAUGGUGUGUGGUGAAGGAGUUUCAGGAAAGUGGGGGCUCAGCAAGAACUGAUUACCGAGCCGUUCAACUAGCCAAGAAAAAGCAGAAAGGAAUUGGGAACAACGCAGGUUCCUCAGGCCCUGCUCAAAGAAAAAUAAAAGGUGAGAAAAUCAGUCCUCACUUCCACACAAGCCAGGGCAGUUGGCCGUGUGGAGAUGUUGUGGUGCCAAGCGGAGGCCUGACAGGACCAGAGCCAGCGGCCGCGGUGCGGUGCAUUCAGGUCCAGCUACUGCAGGACGAUCCCUCAGGUGAAGGAGCCUUGCCACUUGCACUCAGCUUGCAGCCUCCCCUGCUCCGUCCCAUCCUCACCGUGGACUUGCCUGUCUAUGUCCUCCAGGAGGUGUUCCCAGCCCCAGAGGAUGCCGCUUGUCCUGAGGCCGCACCGUUCUCCAGAAGCACCAUCAACCUCCAGGACUUGCAGUGAGAACGCUGGCUGCGAGAGCCCCCAAAGACUCAAUUAGAUGGUUCUGUUGGCGUGGCUAGGACUCCCACUCA